GCACGAACACCCAACUCAGAAACUCGCAUUGUCUGAAAGACUCUGAAGCUUCUCUUGUGCCAGUACUGGCAGCUUAUGUGAGUUUUAGAAUGGUUCAUUCAACUUCAAAGUCAUGGGCGCCCUGAUUUCAGAAUGCAGCAAGAAAAGCUCUCCAGAUCAUCCUUGGAACUCAUUGGCAUGCGGGGUGGAGUACGAGGAUGCCACGUUUCUCACUCAUAGAUCUUUCAGUCAAAACCCACGUCUGUGCCUAGGCGGCGUUCACCUCUACCCCUACCUCUAUCUCUUGAGUGAGAACCAAUGAGGUCACUCUCUGCAGCGGUGCUUGGUGACUUGCAACAUGAGCGAUGGCGACACAUGGUUUGGAACAGACAAAUUCCAGCACUUUUUCGCAGUCUUCUGCAUCACUAGCGCAGCCAUCAUGUUGGCGAGCAGGCUCCACAUUAUCGUUCGCUGGCGCUUUGUCAUUGGUGCAAGUGUGGGCUUCCUGGUCUCUGCUGCAAAAGAGAUUGGUGACGAGCUUCACCUUUGGUAUGGAAGGGCGUCACUUAGGGACGGGGUCGCUGAUGCUAUGGGAAUCGCCUCGGGGGUUGCUGCGUAUGGUCUCGUUGAGCACUGGUGGUCGAGCAGGCAGACUGACAAGAAGACGCGGCCAAUGAACCGGCCUGCCAUUUAG